AACCUUUUCGUUGGCAAUCUGUCGUGGAACGUCGAUGAGGAGUGGCUGGCUUCCGAAUUCCAGGAGUUCGGCGAACUCUCCGGUGUGCGCAUCGUGACCGACCGUGAGUCUGGUCGCUCUCGUGGAUUUGGAUACGUCGAGUACACCAACGCUGUCGACUCUGCCAAGGCCUACGCGGCCAAGAAGGACACCGAGCUUGAUGGCCGCAAGAUCAACCUCGACUACGCUACUGGUCGUCCCGCCAACAAGGACCAGGGCAACGGCAGGGAGCGCACGCAGGACCGCGCUCGCUCUUUCGGUGACCAGACCAGCCCCGAAAGCGAGACCCUGUUCGUUGGCAACCUGCCCUUCAGUGCCAACGAGGACUCCGUCCACGAGCUGUUCGGACCCUGCGGUAACGUUAUGGGCAUCCGUCUCCCUACCGACCCUGAGUCGGGCCGUCCUAAGGGUUUUGGCUACGUGCAGUUCUCGUCCGUUGACGAGGCUCGCCAGGCCUUCACCGACCUCAACGGUGCUGACCUGGACGGCCGUCCUGUCCGUCUGGACUACAGCUCGCCCCGUCCCAACAACGGCGGUGGUGGCGGCGGUGCCCGCGGUGGCCGUGGAGGUGGCCGUGGAGGCGCUCGUGGAGGCCGUGGAGGCCCCCGUGGAGGUGGCCGUGGAGGAUUCGACGCUGGUAGCAGGAACCGGGGCGGUAUUACCGAGUUCACGGGCAAGAAGAUGACCUUCUAA